AAAGGUUUUCAUGUUUUUAAUCUUUCUCUGCGACACCCUUGUUUUGAUGUGAUUCUCCACCAUUACUCCAAAACCUUUUACGAAAGAUAGAAAGCUCAUGUUCAUUACACCAUGGUUUUCUCAUUUGUUCCACUCAUAGAUCCACUCAAUUGGCAACAGCCACCAACUCAUCAACAAGAUCAAGUUUUCACUAAAGACAAUCAUCAUCAUAUCCAUAAUCCUCUGCUUCCACCGCCACCACCAGCUGGUGGUGGUGUUGGUAUUAAUAGGCUUGGUUCAAUGGCGGAACGAGCUAGGCUAGCCAACAUGCAAAAGCCCGAGAAAGCUCUUAAAUGCCCUCGAUGUGAAUCAACACACACUAAAUUUUGUUACUUCAACAAUUACAGCCUUUCACAGCCUCGCUACUUUUGCAAAACCUGUAAACGAUACUGGACUAGAGGCGGUGCUUUAAGGAACGUGCCGAUCGGUGGUGGUUGUCGAACCAACAAGAGAAGCAAAGGAAGUAAACCAACAAAGUCUCCAUCAAUAGGCCAAAUGAACCCAACACCGCCACAGUUGCCUCUAUUAUUGCACCCUUUACAUUAUCUUGGUGACUAUAUUUCUGUUGGAACAAGAGCUAGUAGUAACAUGGAGUUUCAGAUUGGAAAUAGCUCACAUGGUGAUGGGUCAAUGUUAACAAAUGGAUUAGUUCAACAGUUUCCAUUUUUAACUGGCUUGGAGACUCCAACUGGGUUAUAUCCAUUGGGAAGUGAAGGUGUGGAAGCUUCAAGUUAUGGUGUUCAUCAUCAGCUUCGGUCUAAGCCAUUGGAAAGUUGGAUUGCUCAGCUGGAAGCUGUAAGUGAUCAAUACUGGGCUGGCGGCGGCGGCGGUCAUGGUGGCGAUGCAUGGACUGAUCUUUCUGGUGAUUUUGUUUAUAAAUCUUUUCUUCCCCCAAACCCAGUGCAAUAUUAGUGAAUUUCUUAUUGUUUUCUUGAAAUGGAGUAAUGGAUAAGGCUUUUUGUGGAAGAACAAUCCUUUUGGGAAAGGAAUUGACGAGAAAAAGAGGACUUCAGAAGAACUCUUGAAAAUUAUUUGCUCUUGUUCAUUUCCUUUUCUAGUAUUGUGGUGCUUGGUACUGAGUGAUUGAAAAAUUUUAUGUAAAAAUGUUUUUGUUGGGGUCAUUCUGCUAUGCUAUAACUACUUUUACUUGUGGAUUUAGUAUUA